AUGGCUGCAGAAAGCAGCUUCAAGGUUGUGCUCCUCGGCGAGGGCUGCGUCGGCAAGACCUCGCUCAUCAACAGGUACACCCGCAACGCCUUUGUCCCCGAUCACAAGACCACGUUGCAGGCGUCGUUCCAGGAGAAGCGGCUCAACAUCGGCGGCAAGCGGGUCAAGCUCGCCAUCUGGGACACCGCCGGGCAGGAGCGGUUCCACGCGCUCGGGCCAAUCUACUACCGCGACGCCAACGGCGCGCUUCUUGUCUACGACAUCACCGACACCGAGUCGUUCCUCAAGGUCAAGAACUGGGUCAAGGAGCUCCGCACCAUGCUUGGCAAGGACGUUGUCCUCACCAUUGCUGCUAACAAGUCUGACCUCGAGCGCUCGCGCCAGGUCGACGAGGCCGAGGCCGAUCGCUACGCUGCGUCGGUCGGCGCUUCGCACAUCCACACCUCGGCCAAGGCCGACCGCAACGUCAAGGAAGUCUUUCUUGAUCUCACCAAGCGCAUGCUCGAAUCAGUCGACGCUGCGAGUGCAUCUUCCGGUACCCGGGGCCGCGGCCGCCGCGGCGGGGCCCCGCCGCCGUCCGGUCGAGGCUCCGGACCCAUCCUCAUCGCCGCCGACGAGCCCGACCCUUAUGGUGCCGGGCCGUCCAAGAAGAAGUGCUGUUGA